GGCUGUGGCUUUUGGCUCAGUUGACGCCUGUUUUCCACACAACACCGUACAUUUGUACAAGCUGAAAAGGAAUAUAAAAUUAUUUAUUAAAUUAAAAUCUAAAAGUAAAUUUUUUAUGUUUUGAUAGCCUUUGCAAGAUGAUUUGCCUUUCGCGCUUGGGUGUUUUAAAUUUGGCCAGUGUAUGGCCACCCACAAGAUCUACAAAGUACGAUGACAAGGAUGCAGCCACUAGGGGAGGACUGAAGCCCCACCAAAGGCCAUUGCAGCGCUAUACGAAAAGGGGCUACAUGAAAUGGUUCGGGAGGAUGAGCCACUGCCGGAAUGUCCAGGGCAGAAUGUAUCCCUGAAUUAUGCCAGAAGAAAUUAAAGACGUUUUACCUUGUUGGCUGCCGUA